UUUCACUAGAUCUCUUUGAAAUUCCAAUCGGGUAUAUAACACUCGUACUGCAUUACUAUUACAACGAAGGCGCAGCUGCUUAGCCGAAACCCUAGUUUAAGGUAAGAGGGAAAAAAUGGCGGUGCCACUGUUGAACAAGAAGAUAGUGAAGAAGAGAGUUAAGCAGUUCAAGAGAGCUCAAAGUGACCGCAGAAUCACUGUCAAGCCAAGCUGGCGCCGACCAAAAGGUAUUGAUUCUAGGGUUAGAAGAAAGUUCAAGGGAUGUGUCCUGAUGCCCAACAUUGGAUAUGGGUCUGACAAGAAGACUCGUCACUAUCUUCCCAAUGGCUUCAAGAAGUUUGUUGUGCACAAUGCAAGUGAGCUUGAUGUUCUAAUGAUGCACAACAGAACUUACUGUGCUGAGAUUGCACAUAAUGUGUCGACAAGGAAGAGGAAAGAAAUUGUUGAGCGAGCAGCUCAACUUGAUGUGGUUGUGACUAACAAGCUUGCUAGGUUGCGCAGCCAGGAGGACGAAUAAGUAUUCAUGCUUCGGAAGAGAUAUUUGAGCCUUGGAAAAGACCAAUAUAUAUUCAGUAUUUGAACUUAUUGCCUGUCUUUUGACUGCAAUCCAGUUUUGUGUUUUUCUUAGCUGUGGCUUUUGAACCAUCCAAUUGCUUUCAAAUGCUUAAAUCAUCAGAUUUUAGCUUUCCAAUGUUCUCUUUUGGUUACUGGUUAUAGUAUGCUGCAUACUGCUCUACAAAUUAUAAUAGAUGAUCUGAUCUUGCUUUAUU